AUGGAUCCCUUCUUCCUCCUCCUCCUCCUAUUCGGUCAAAUCCUGCUCUGCACAGCCGGCGACACCAUCAACUCCGCCACACCCUUGUCCGGGUCACAGAAGAUCGUAUCCCAGGGCAACAAGUUCGCCGUGGGCUUCUACUCCCCAUCGCAGAGUAACACCACCUCUUCCACCUCCAGCAAUUACUACAUAGCCAUAUGGUACAGCAACAUACGACUGCUGACCACAGUGUGGAACACCAACAUGACGGUGUCUGACCCGGCCACCGCCUCCUUGGAAAUCGCCAGCGACGGCAACCUUGUCCUCCUUGAUCAAGCCAAGAACCGGCAGCUAUGGUCAACUGAUGUAAGUAUAGCCUCCAACUCCACCAUGGCCAUCAUCAGGGACAGCGGUAGCCUCGAUCUUAUCGAUGUCUUCAAUUCAUCGAUAGUUUACUGGCGAAGCAUAGACCAUCCCACAAACACCUGGCUUCCGGGGGGCAAGCUCGGGCUGAACAAGACCACGGGUCUGAGCCAGAGGCUUAUUCCUUGGAAGAACAACGCAGACCCAUCUCCUGGGUUGUUCUCUCUGGAGCUAGAUCCCAAUGGCACAAAACAGUACUUCAUCCAGUGGAAUGAAUCCAUAAACUACUGGACCAGUGGCCCCUGGAAUGGCAAUAUCUUCAGCCUCGUGCCAGAGAUGACGGCUAAUUUCAGAUACGACUUCCAAUUCGUCGACAAUGCCACAGAAAGCUAUUUCUACUACUCGAUGAAGGAUGAUGCAGUCAUCUCGCGGUUCAUCAUGGACGUGACCGGACAGAUCAAGCAGCUGACAUGGGUGGAAUUCUCACAGCAGUGGAUCUUGUUCUGGUCACAGCCGCGAACACAGUGUGAGGUGUAUGCACUCUGUGGGGCAUAUGGCAGCUGCAGUGAGGCUGCGCUGCCAUACUGCAACUGCGUCAAGGGGUUCAGCCAGAAGGUCCAGAGUGAUUGGGAUCUUCAGGAUUACAGUGGCGGGUGCAGGAGGAACGUACCAUUGCAGUGCCAGAUCAACUCGAGCUCCGGACAGACCAAGCCUGAUAAGUUCUUUCCCAUGGCAAGCGUGAGGCUACCUGACAAUGCUCGGGGUGCAGUGGGCGCCAGCUUGAAAGAAUGCGAGCAGGUUUGUCUGAAAAGCUGUUCAUGCGAUGCUUACACUUACAAUACAACUGGCUGUUUUAUUUGGUCUGGGGACCUGGUGAACCUCCAAGAACAGUACAGUGGAAAUGGAGUUGGCACACUCUUCCUCAGACUUGCAGCAUCCGAGCUGCAAGACCCAAAAAAGAGCAAGGCUGUGAUCAUUGGUGCAGUUGCUGGCGGGGUUGCUGCAAUUCUGAUAAUCCUUGCGAUUGUGUUUUUCUUCCUAUAUCAGAAAUUUCGGCGAGAAAGGACUCUUCGGAUAUCAAAGACUGGUGGGGGCACAUUGAUUGCUUUCAGGUACAGUGAUCUGCAGCAUGUCACCAGAAACUUCUCAGAGAAGCUGGGGGGAGGUGCCUUCGGUUCGGUGUUCAAGGGGAAGCUCCCAGAUUCAACGGCCAUUGCUGUGAAGAGGCUCGAUGGUUUUCAUCAAGGGGAGAAGCAAUUCCGUGCUGAGGUAAGCACGAUUGGGACAACCCAGCAUGUUAAUUUGGUCCGCCUUCUUGGGUUCUGUUCUGAAGGGUCAAGGAGGCUGCUUGUGUAUGAGUACAUGCAAAAGGGCUCCCUGGAAGUGCAACUCUUCCCUGGUGAGACAACUGCAUUGAGCUGGGCCAUCAGGUACCAAAUUGCACUUGGAACAGCAAGGGGCCUAAACUACCUGCAUGAAAAAUGUAGGGAUUGCAUCAUACACUGUGAUGUCAAGCCAGAUAACAUUCUCUUGGAUGAUUCCUUUGUACCAAAAGUAUCCGACUUUGGCCUAGCAAAGCUCUUAGGCCGGGACUUCAGCCGUGUUUUAACGACGAUGAGAGGAACAAGGGGUUACCUUGCACCUGAAUGGAUCAGUGGCGUGCCCAUAACCGCGAAGGCAGAUGUAUUCAGCUAUGGCAUGAUGCUCCUUGAAAUCAUAUCAGGCAGGAGGAAUUCUGACCAUGGAGAGGAGGGCAGGUCCACUUUCUUCCCAACCUUGGCUGCAAGCAAGCUCCAUGAAGGGGAUGUGCAGACCUUGUUGGACCCUAGGCUGAAAGGAGAUGCAAAUCCUGACGAGCUCACAAGAGCUUGUAAGGUUGCUUGUUGGUGCAUCCAAGAUGAUGAAAGCACUAGACCCACGACGGGUCAGAUCGUCCAAAUCCUAGAGGGGUUUCUGGAUGUGAAUAUGCCUCCCGUUCCCAGGUCACUGAGAGCUCUUGGUGAAAGCCCUGAUGUCAUAAACUUCUUCUCAGAUCUGUCUUCAAGCCAGACUUCCCUGACGCAAAACAGCACAACAACUUCUCAGACACACAGUGCUACUUCAGGCAAUUCACAUUUCCAAAGUUCGUAA